GGAGAGUGUAUGAACCUGUAUCAGGUUGCUCAUUAGAGUUUUAAAUAGUUUUUUUUAGUCAUCUGACCAUCGGCAGAUCUCUACGACAAAAUUCUUUCUUUCUAAUUGGUCAAGCCCCUGGAAUACGUUCGAGGGCGUGGCAUAUAUAUGUUUGAAUGAGUUGUAGACUGGCACAAUUCUCACGCUACUUGUUGUUAACCCUAUGCUCGCCGCAUAGGCUGACGCACGGAGCAUACCGAAGGUUAACGAGCCUUCAGCAGUGCACAUGACUGCGUUUGUUUACAAAUACACAAACAUGGGAUGUUUUUGUGGUAAAGUUGUGAACACAUGGGUCUUUGGGGGUCACUGCUGUUCACAUUAUGCAAUUUUGGGAAGACGAGGCUCCUUAGGUUUUGUAUAAAUUACUGUUGUCACUUUUUUGAACUACGGUUCAUUGUAAGAUAAAAUGUUAUCAAAUUAAAAAGCUAUUUUUUUCACACGAACAAUGCUUAACUCGAUAGCAUUUCAUCUUUUUAAAUAAAACAGUAUUCUCGUUAUGGCAAUGCCUGUUAAAAAAUGAAACAGUUCUUAUCCAAAAUGAAGCAACAUCCACAUGAGCAAUAGGGUUAUCUUUGAAAUUUCCUCUACAGUCACUGGGCAACAACCUCUUUUUAGUUUUUUAGGGUAGAAGAUCCCUUUCUGAGUCAAGAUUCAAAGUUUUAUGUGAUGAAAAAUAAAACUAGAACAAUUAAAUCAACUUCUUUCGUACAUGACAUUGGUUAGAAGUGUCAAGAAGACAAACACUGACUUUGAAAAACUUAACUUUUAAACGUAUUACUGGAUGUUGGUGAAAUCCAAGCGGGUCAUAUAGAACAGCUAUGGCCCCCUCCAUCCAUUUAUAUGGUGGAUUCUCUUUUAGAAAACGCCCUGAUGAAGCCUGUUCAUAGAAGACAAGCGCUGCAUACUAAGAAGCUAUAGAGCUUAUAACAAAAACACAUUAUUCAUCAGCCACCUUCUGUGUCAUAUAAGAACAUUUGGACAUCAAAAACAUUGACCUAGUAACUUGCUAGGUGUUUAAUCAAAUGAUUAGGACAUGACUAAAUCUAAGAUUAAAAAAAACACACACAUACGUGUACAUUUUCCGCAACAGUAAUUUAGUGGGCUCAUACAAGCUAAUAGAAAAUUUGCACAUGACAUUUGUUUUAGGGGAAUAUAUUGCAAUCUGCCCUAUGUGUUAGGUAAGAAUGUAUUUGGGUUAGUUUUAUAGGUCAUAAUUGUAGCAUGGAUGUAGAUAAAUACAAAAUCCAUUUGUUCCAUUUUUCACUUUCUUUAAAGUCUUGUUUUUGGCACUGCUAUGUUUUACAUGAGAGCAACGAAAAGUUUAAAAGGUACUAAUCCUUUUGUCUCGGGAUGUUACACUUUGGUAAAUGGCCUGGAAAGCGAACACUGUAGGUCUAUUGAGUUUCAACACAUAAUACAAUCCAGAUUUGCAUUUCCUGAAGGAAAUACUAGUGCAUUACAAGACAGCAACAGAAAAGAGUUAAAGUUUAGGUAAAAUGAUAAGUUUCCCACGAUCAUAGAAAACCCUGGAAACAAGAGUGAAUUCUAAAAUAGUGGAUUUCUGAGUCACGAAAUCUUAAUAAUUCAUAAUUUUAUAAAGUCUGUAAUAUAAUCAUGAAUGAGCUACAAAACUACACUACCAGUUAAAAGUUUUUGAACAGUAAGAUUUUUCAUGUUUUUUUUUUUUUUUUUUUAAAUAGUCUAUUUAUUUGAAAAUACUGCAAAAGCAGUGAUAUAGUUAAUAUUUUUACUAUUUAAAAUAACUGCUUUCUAUUUGAAUAUAUUUUAAAAUGUAAUUUAUUCCUGUGAUCAAAGCUACAUUUUCAGCAGUGUCACGUGGUCCCCCAGAAUUCAUUCUAAUAUGUUGAUAAUAUGGAGUAAUGAUGUUAAAACUUAGCUUUGAAACCACAGUAAUAAAUUAAAAUUUAAAACAUAUUCAAAUAGAAAACUAUAAUAAGAAAAAAAUUCAAAAUGUUACUGGUUUUGCUGUACUUUGGAUCAAACAAAUGCAGGCUUAGUGAGUUUAAAAAACAUUAAAAAUCUUACUGUUCAAAAAGUUUUGACUGCUAGUGUAAAUCUGAAUACCUACAUCCAUUUCGGAACUUUAAUACUUUGGGUAUAUAUUCAGGAUCUACUGUAAUCUAUAAACAGAAUAUAUUCGGAGAUUUACAUGAUCUUUAUAUCACAAGCCUGGCUUUUUGUCUCCUCUGAGUGUGUUAAGAUCUGUGCCGGCUUUUAGUUUCAAUUUUUGCGGAAUUUCCUGCUACAUUUAUAGAAGUGUAUUCAUUAAAUAAUUAUUUUGAUGUCUAAGUUUUAUAUCACAAAGAGACACCGGCAUAAAUCGCGUUUUGCAGACGUUUUACGUGUUUAACACAAAACCGGAAAUAGUUUUGUUGUGAGUGUGACGCGUCAAAACGAGCAGGCUGUGGGGAGGAGCAGGUGAUCAGUUACUAUGGCAGCUCCCACUGCAUUAAUAGUGAAUUAUACUAGGAUACAGACAUUAACAUCAUAUUUCCAGCAUUGUCGACGAUCAAAACGAUGGAUUAAUCUGAAAACAGUCAAUCGGAGAAGCUCUUUUUGUCAGUCACUGAAAAGGUUAGAACUGAAUCCCCCCCUGGUGCACAGAAACAAAGCUUGCAUGUGUUCAUUAUGUAAAACACGCGUGUUUCCUUAUCGGGGCAGCAUAUCAUCCGGUUUGAAGAGCCUACAUGUUGCCACUGUGGUCUCAGGGACUGAACUUGCUCGGCAGAUCCAUAAAGAAGUCCAAAGUGAUAUAGCAAAACUAGUGGCCCAAGGCAACAGCAGACCUCAUCUGAGUGUCAUCCUGGUGGGAGAUGACCAUGCCAGCCACACCUAUGUGAGAAACAAAACCCGGACAGCUUCACUGCUUGGCAUGUCAAGCAGUACAAUCUUCAGGCCAUCAUCAGUAUCUCAGGAAGAGAUGUUGGAGCUCAUAGACAAAUUCAACAAAGACAGGAGCGUCAGUGGGCUGCUGGUCCAACUCCCUCUUCCAGAACACAUCAACGAGAGAGCCAUAUGUAACGCUGUCGCCCCAGAAAAAGACGUUGAUGGAUUCCACAUAGUAAACAUUGGGAAACUCUGUUUGGACCAGAGAUGCAUGGUGCCAGCCACAGCAGCAGCAGUAUGGGAAAUCAUCAGAAGAACGGGCAUUGAAACAGUUGGAAAUGUGCUUGUUGUUGGGCGCUCCAAGAAUGUAGGAAUGCCUAUUGCAAUGCUGCUGCAUUCGGAUAGAAACCAUGAACGACCUGGAGGUGAUGCCACAGUUAUCAUGGCCCACAGAUGCACUCCUCUACCACGACUCAAGGAACUUGCCAGUCUGGCUGACAUAGUGAUUGCAGCUGCAGGUCAGCUCUUUGUGUCCUGGUCAGGUGUGCCUCACUUAAUAACGGCAGAUAUGGUAAAAGAUGGAGCUGCGGUUAUUGAUGUCGGCAUCAACCGCAUACAGGACCCUAACACUGGUAAACUGCGUCUUGUUGGAGAUGUGGAUUUUGAAGCUGUGAAGGAGAAGGCUGGAUUCAUCACUCCCGUGCCUGGCGGAGUCGGCCCAAUGACCAUCGCCAUGGUGAUGAAAAACACAGUCACUGCUGCCAAAAAUGCUCCAACUUACUGAACAAACACAAAACCUGUCAUUACGGGUGGACGAGAUAAAAGCACUCCAGUCUGGAUACUUUAAUUGGCACUAUUUGUCCGUAUCUCGAUGACAAACGCAAGCCCCUGCAAGCUUCCUCUACAACAUCCUUCCCUGCCUGUCGGCAAGCCGUAACAGGCUGUUCUAGCUGGCACGGCAGCCAUGCACGUCUGUGACAGUAACUACACCCUAAUUUGUUUCUUAACGCUGAAAACAUUGAGAGAGAUGCCUCCUCAAUGAUUCAAAGGAGCUGUCGUCUUUGCUACAUUGUUAUAAAUUUCUCUGAGCCGUGAAAAUAAGGAGGGUUUACCUUGCAAGUGUAGUAUUACCUCCCUGACAACGCAUGAGUAAAGACGGAAGUUCUUCUUGCAUCAUCCCCACUGGAGUUUCGGUAGGACUUGACGGGCUGCUCAACAGGUGGCCUCGUCGCUGGGUAAAAGAUGGUUCUCAGAUAUCUGACAGAUGAAUCUGAGACAGACAGGACAUUAAUACAUUUUCUCAGGAAAUUACUUUACAAGUAUAGUUUGAAUUCAGUCAACAAAAUGGCAAAAAAAUAACACAAGGAUGCUGCUGUAUUUAAUAUUUAUUCAUUUACCUGUUUAAGGUAUUGUCUAUUAUACAUAAAUGUUUGUUUUUGUUAAACGAAUUCCUAGUUUUGGUAUAAAUAGCUUGUACUCAUGAUUUUGUUAUUUUAUUUAUUAGUGUGAUUUAUGGCAUGUUCUCGACUCAAACUUUUUUAUUUUUUAAGGUCGUUUACAUUCAA